AUGAUUGUGUCCAUAAGACGUGUGUGUCGAUGGGCGAAAGGGAGUCAUAUAACGACGAUGAGGCCUGUGGGACGUUUCAAGUGCCAACUCACAUGCCUGAAAAUUAUGUUUUAUGUGUGCGUCGUUUGCUGUCUAGUCGGUGUGCUGGGAAACAUUUUGGGCGUUUCGCAGCUUCUCCUAGAAAAUGUCGAUGGAAACUCCACGAUAGCAACACGCGGAGACAACACGGGGAGUCCGAAAGUCAUGAAAUGGACAGGGCGACGGGACACGAAAACAGAAUUGGUUGGUAAGCGCAAAGAAAACCGGAUCACGGCGAACGGAACAACGCUCUUGUCGUGCCCCGGCUUUGAAGAGAAGCAGUCACCGGCGGCGUAUUAUUGUGCCAACGGUGCCGCGAACCGCGCUCCUAUCUCCUCGCUUCGUGUCCAAUCUCUUGCAGAGCUUAAUAAAGGAAAAAAAUCGUUUCCUAUGAGUGCACCUCCUGUGUGUUACGCGUCGAAUGGGGUUCCAGUGGCUCGACCUCUAUGGGCAAACUCUCUGUUGCGUUUGUUGGUGGAAGAAGGUGUCUACAAGUCGGUAUUAUCGUUGCUUCGCCAAGACCCAUGGUAUAUUCUGAUUGGAUGGGUGCCUAGUAAAUUUAUGGCACCACAGAAACCGGGCCGAAGGACAAAUGGGGAACCCAUGCCUUCCCAGAAUAGAGGGGCAAAUGCGACAUACUACUUGGAAGCCUACGGGAGUGUUUGGCACGCCAAGGUGGAAGUGGGAACAUGGCCCUUUCAUUUUCAGCUAGUCCAUCGAAACGCCAUUGCGGUCUGUGUACGUGAACGCAUUCAUCUGUACAAGUAUUACUGCCUUCCUGAUAAUAAAAUGGAAGCGCUUCCUAUUUACGUAUGUGCAUGUCGUCACUGCGUCGUUCCCGCGGAUGACUCUCAUAAAGAAAUUCCAACCGCGUCUCAUGGACGCCCUUUAUUAAUGAAAGAACCCUCACUAAUAGAGAUGGCGAAGACCGCCAACUCAAAAAUAUUCUUAAAAAAAGGUCUGCCUCAGACACCGUCACUUGGGGAAGAGGGUACAUGCAUUGAUGCGUUUGAGGCACCAUGGCUACUUAACACUUCGGUUCUCGCCGCCUUUCCAUACGAGGGAAAACACAAUGACCUCGAUGGCCUACUGGAAAUUCAGUCCGGUGAAAAUGGAUUUGUCACCGUUGUGAUAUUUAACAGCUUUUGGCGCGAUCAAUUACAUAACUUUGUGUACAGUUUUGCAAAGAGGGCCAAGAUGCGGAAUCUGAUUGUCGCUAGCGUGGAUGACACUGCGCUUUUGCUUUGUUUGUCCUUUCGCUUGCCAUGCCUGAAUGCCACCUUAUUUGUGGAGCCGGAGAAAGGGACAGAAAAGGGGGGUGAUAACGCCUCAUCGAAAGGAGGUUUUACACGUAAAGUCACGGAAGAAUUUUCUUGGGUGAAACCGCGACUGGCUAUUGCCGUUCUUCGUCGUGGGUACACUUUUAUGCUUGCGGAUCUUGACAUCACAUGGAAUCGCUCUCCCAUGCCCUACCUGCUAAAAAAUCGUUUGGAUUUGGUGCAUCAAUGCGACAGCAGGGGUCGCCUGAGUAUCAACUCCGGACUUUACAUGGCACGUCCAAAUAGUUGCAACUUACGUUAUUUUCAGGAUUUAAUGUCUUUUCGCACGGAUGAGAGUGCGGAUCAAAAUGCAAUGAGACUUUUCAUGAAUUACGAUCACGUUCACGGUGUUUCGCAGCAAUGUCUACCAAAAUGGGACUUUAACAUGAAAUGCAACUACAAAGUUGAAGGCUCCGUUAGGCUAGAGGAUGGGCGUCAAACUUUUCGCUGGCGUCCAUACCCACUUAAUGAAAACCCAAAAUGGGUGGCGAUGCAUGCGACAUGCCUUUCUGGAGCGAAGGACAAGAUCCGGUACUUUAAAGCCAUUAAGGCAUGGUUUCUGGAUGAGCUGGAUGCAAAGACGGGAUCAACUUCUUCACCAAAGUCCUUUUGUGUCGUGUUACCUUCUUUGCUGAAUGCCACAGAUGCUCCAAAUAGGAUUGUGCACGGUGUUUUUGGGACCACCCUUCACAGCGAUGCAUACAAUGAGAUGACACCCGACCCAAAAUACCUUCAGCAACGACAUUAG